AUGAUGAACAAGAACUGGAAGUUUGUAAGAUUAAGACAAGAGUUUGGAGUUGGUGUUGUGUUGUUUUUGUUAUGUCAAAGUUUGGUUUGUCGGUCGUUGAAUGAAGAAGGAUUGGCGUUGUUGAGAUUGAAAGAAAGAGUUGUGAAUGAUCCGUUUGGUGCUUUUUCGGAUUGGAAGGAAGAAGAUGGACUGUUUGACCAUUGUUCUUGGUUUGGUGUCGAGUGCUCUGAUGGCAAAGUUGUUGUUCUGAACUUGAAAGAUCUUUGUCUUGAAGGAACAUUGGCACCUGAGCUUGGAACUCUAAUUCACAUUAAGUCUAUUAUUCUGCGGAACAACUUGUUUACUGGGAUCAUCCCUGAAGAGAUUGGAGAACUGAAGAAAUUAGAGGUGCUGGACUUGGGAUACAAUAACUUCAGUGGACCAGUUCCACCUGAACUUGGCAGCAAUCUCUCACUGAUGAUCCUUUUACUGGACGAUAAUGAGCUUCUGAUCAGUAGUUUCUCUCCCGAGAUUGCUGAACUUCAGAAGCUUUCGGAAACUCAAGUGGAUGAAAACCAACUAUCUAUCACGGCUAAAUCAUCCUGCAAGAAAAGAUUCAACACAUGGAACAUUGGCCAAUCUGAAGAUGCAGUGCAGAGGAGACUUCUGCUAGCAGCAGCUGCCCCUUCACCAGAGGGACCACCAUCUUUUAGCUUUUCAAAAAUACCUCCUCAGCCUCAUGCACCUCAAAUUGGACCUCAUCCUGCAUCUGCUGAAACUUCCCCAAAUAGUACUUAUAACAGAGAUGAUCCUCAUAAACGACGUUCUUCUGCUCAAGCUCCUGCUCCAUCAGAAAAUAAUACAGGAUCACCUAAUGCUUCUGAUCCAUCCUCUUCAGGAAGCAAACCUACAAGUUCUCAUUCUAAUUCAAAUCAGCGGCCUACAAUAAUAGCAGGAGCCAUAGGGGGUGCCAUAUUUCUUCUCAUAUUAAUCGUUGGUACCUAUCUCUUUGAAGCUUCUAAGGUAUCUACUGUGAAACCUUGGGCUACAGGGCUAAGCGGACAGCUUCAGAAAGCAUUUGUAACUGGUGUACCAAAGCUGAAGAGAUCAGAGCUUGAAGGAGCCUGUGAAGAUUUCAGCAAUGUGAUUGGUUCUUCAACAAUUGGCACUGUGUACAAAGGGACAUUGUCUAAUGGGGUCGAAAUAGCCGUGGCCUCUGUCCCAGUGAAAUCUGCCAAAGAUUGGUCAAAGCCUUUAGAAACACAGUUCAGGAAGAAGAUCGACACAUUAUCAAAAGUGAACCACAAAAAUUUUGUCAACCUUCUCGGUUAUUGUGAGGAAGAGGAGCCUUUUACUAGGAUGAUGGUUUUUGAAUAUGCUCCAAAUGGGACACUCUUUGAGCAUUUACACAUUAAAGAAUCCGAGCACUUGGACUGGCCAAUGAGGUUGAGAAUCAUAAUGGGCAUGGCUUACUGCCUUGAGCAUAUGCACCAGCUGAACCCACCCAUUCCCCACAACAACCUGUCCUCCUCUGCUGUCAAUCUAACAGAAGACUAUGCGGCAAAAAUGUCAGACCCCUGUUUCUGGAAUGAGAUAACUGCAGCAGAGAGGGAAGCAGACAGAACAAACCUUGAAGAUCCACCACUAUCAAGCCUGGAAAGCAAUGUUUAUACCUUGGGCGUAUUGUUAUUUGAAAUAUUAACGGGUAGGAUGCCUUACUUGGUGGAUAACGGUUCACUUGAAGACUGGGCAUCAGACUAUUUGAGAAGGAAGCAAGCCCUCAUAGAGAUGGUUGAUCCAACUCUAAACUCUUUUGACAGGGAUCAACUUGAGGAACUCGGGAAGGUCAUAAAAUCUUGUGUCCACCCUGAACCUAGAUGUAGACCAGAUAUGAAAGAAGUCAGUGCAAGAUUGAGAGAGAUCACUGCAAUCACACCUGAUAGUGCAAUCCCAAAACUUUCUCCUCUUUGGUGGGCAGAGCUCGAGAUCAUGUCUGCCGAAACAAGCUAGGGGGAUGAAGUUGAGGUUGUAAGUAUGGGACUUGGAUGUUUUCUGUCUGCUGCUGGUGGAGAGGCGAAAAGAAUAAGUUUGCCCGUAAACCAGCACUGGUUGUAUUUACUUCUAGAGAAAUGGAAAGUUUGUUGUAUAUAUUUGAGAUAGAGAGGAAAUCCAGGAAAUUUUCCUUGUUUUUGGUUUUCAGUGUGAAAAUACAUAAAAGAAGAAGAAGAAAAGCAUAAUUGCAAGCUGCUUGAUUUCUAUUUGUUCAUUGUUA